UGAGGGAAUUUGGAACGCGCUGACGAAGUGACAACACCUUGCUGACACAUGGCAAGGCGCGUGUGAGUAAAUAAGUUGAAAUCGCCCCGGCCCGGAACAUCGUAAAUGUUGAUAGCUGCCAUCGCAUUGCAGUGUGAACAUGUGUUUCGGUGUAUCUAGUUAAUCGUUUUGCAAAUUCUCAGCGGGCGUCACCGUUUCUGGGAGCAACAUUAAAACUUGUCAGACGACCAGCUUCCAUAACUAGGAAACGGAAUAUGGACCAGGAAGGAAAGGCAGCUAAAACUGCGAGAGGAUAUCUGGCUUCAAUCAUUUGGAAAACCUGCCAGUGGGCUUGAUGGAAUACAGAUGGAUGGAUUGGCAGUGCACUGAUCAUUAAGUGUUACUUUUCCUUAACAUACAAAGUUUAUUUAGAAACUUGUUGCGAGAACAGUUUUGGGAAUUAACCCUUAGCACUGUCUGGUCGCGGUGCUAACGUGUUAGCAGGCAGUGCUAGUCUCGUAAAAAGUUAAUGAAUCGUCCCAAAGGCUUUUUUGUGGCGAGAUCCAAUGUAGGAUGGUUUUGAGAUAGUAAACGUUGCUAAAAUCACUUUAUGGAGCAAAGUUGCAUUUACAACGACGCACUAUAGUUUGUGGUUAACUCAAAGUAACCACUCAACUAAGAUUAUUGCACUUCAUUUUGUCUGGAUUGCUUUCCUAUUACAGUUCCAGAUGACAGUAGUUGUUAGCUAAUUUGCUAACUAGUUCUAGAGAGGUGAAAUUUAUGUUUGUCCUGUCUGGAUAAGUUAUUGACAGUUGCUGAUAUAUGUCAAGGUUGGUGAUAAAAGUGAAGAACUACGCGUUGGUUUGCUUUGGGAUGCUGGCAGAAUCGCUUGGAUAUUUCAGGGAGUCAGAUUUAACUAGGGAUGCACUUUGGUAGCUUGCCAACCAACGUUUAGCCUACUAGCUAAUACUAGCUUGCUACAGUGAUCCGGGUAGGACAGGGAUAGAGGCAUUCAUUGCACUCCUCUCGUAUACUACUAUCUUUUUGUUAGACUAUAGAAGACCCUAUUUAUUUUUGACACCUCAAUGGUAUUUUCCAGUAAGCGACGUUGUUCUGAUCUAGAUGAGCAGGAACGAACUACAGGCGUUAGCUAGUAGUUAGCCGACUUGUUUACGAAAUAACGUUGAAGUGUCAAAGAGACAGUUUGCAAUGGCACGGAUUGAGAAUGGCCUGUCGGCGGACGCCGUCAGCAUUCAUACUGUUGGAAGUCAGUUUGACGAAGAGAGUUCUUUCGGUUCAGACUCUGAAAUGAAUGGCUUUGCCUACGAAAGACAGACGGAUAAAUAUGGAUUCAUUGGAGGCGCUCAAAAGUACUCCACCGAAAAUGCCCAGGACGUGCCUCCGGAGGUGUUGCGAGCGCGGGAGCUGAAAUGGCUGGACAUGCUGAAGCACUGGGACAAAUGGCUCUUCAAGAGACACAAGAAGGUGAGGUUGCGAUGUCAGAAGGGUAUUCCUCCGUCGUUGCGUGGCAGGGCCUGGCUCUACCUGUGUGGAGGGAAGGUCAAGAGGGAACAGAACAAGGGCAAGUUCAAGGAGUUGGACAGCAUGCCAGGCGAUCCCAAAUGGUUGGAUGUGAUUGAGAGAGACCUCCACCGGCAGUUCCCCUUCCACGAGAUGUUCGUGUCAAGAGGAGGUCAUGGGCAGCAGGAUCUGCAGCGUGUGUUAAAGGCCUACACGGUAUACCGGCCUGACGAGGGCUACUGCCAGGCCCAGGCCCCCAUCGCCGCUGUGCUGCUGAUGCACAUGCCUGCUGAGGAUGCCUUCUGGUGCCUGGUUCAGAUUUGCGAGCGAUAUCUGCCGGGAUACUACAGCACAGGACUGGAGGCGAUCCAACUGGACGGUGAGAUCCUGUACGCGCUGCUGAAGCGCGUGAGCACAGUGGCGUAUCGGCACCUGGACAAGCACAAGAUCGAGCCCAUCCUCUACAUGACCGAGUGGUUCAUGUGUGCCUUCUCACGCACGCUGCCCUGGGCCUCCGUGCUGCGCGUAUGGGACAUGUUCCUGUGCGAUGGAGUGAAGAUCAUCUUCCGCGUGGGUCUGGUGAUACUGCGGUGCAUGCUGGGUAGUAAGGAGAAGCUGAAGGCGUGUCAGGGCCAAUACGAGACCAUGGAGCUGCUCAAGACCAUCGACCCACGAUACCUGCAGGAAGCAUUCCUCGUACACCAGGUAUUGGAGCUGCCGGUGUCGGUGCGCGACGUGGAGCGCGAGCACCACGCGCAGGUCAAGCGCUGGCGCAAGCGUCACGGCGAGCUGAGCUACAAGUCCCCUCCCCGGAUCCACGGCGCCCUGGCCGUCAUGGCCGCCGAGCCGCACAGCCGCCAGGACCUCUACCAGAACCCCACCAUCAUCGUGCAGUCGCCCCUGGACGCGCCGGGCCCCAACGGCACGCCGCCCCUCAACCGCAAGAAGCGGGGCACCCUGCGGGGCAAGACCCCCAAGCCCAUCCCCGACGUGCCCACCAACCCCUACGCCCUGCCCUCCGACCCCAGGGCUGCAUCAGCCACCACCACUACCACCACCACCACCGCCACCGCGACUAGUGCCACGGUCCCUUCUCCAGACACGGAGGGGUCAACCGAUGGCUCGCAGGCUGGGAACGCCACCCCUAGCCUGGGCCUCCUGACUGCCAGCAACACCCCCACACCCACCCCCUCUCCGACUACCACCCCUACCGCCAUACGCUCGCGUUCCUCCUCCCCCUCUCCUUCCUCCUCCUCCUCUUCGGCGCAGCCUAAUCAGUCUCAUCACUCUGCGGCUCACCCGCCAAUGUUCUACCUGCCCCCUCCGCAGCAGCCAAUCAGCACGCAGCCCUCGCCCUUGCCCGAGCGAAUCAACAGCCAGCAUUCCACCCCACAUUCUUCUCCUCCACAGCAGCACCAGCAGCAGCAGCAGCAGGCCAAUGGCCAGCCCUCUGUGCCGCAACAGCCAAUCGCAAAUCAGACGCCCCCUGCCUCGCAGCCAAUCACCAGCCAGCCUCAGCGGCAGCACCCGCCCAUGUUCUACCAGCCCCCUCCUCCUCAGCAGCAGCAAACGACAGAGAGCCCCCCCGAACAGCCAGAGCCCCAAACCCCGCCACAGCCAACGCCCCCACCUCCCAGCACCGAGCCUCCUCCUCCUCCCCUUACUCCCCCAGAGCAGCCAAUUACAGAGUGCCUCCCCCAGCAGGAACCAAUAAGCCAGCCCGAGCCGGAUCCUCCCGCCCCCGGGCCUCCUGCUCCUUCUUCUCCCUCUCCUCUUCCUCCUCCUCCUCCCCCCGCGUCUGCCGACAUCCCCCCGCCACAGUUAACCUCUGACCCCGCUCCCCCCUCCUCGAGCGGAGGAGGAGACGUGGCGGCGGUGGAGCCCCUCACUGCUGCUGAGCUCCUCCGCCUCCUCGCUCCACCUCGCCCCCCAUCAGACUUGCCCGCUCCAGAGGCACCAGAGGCUCCAGUGGCGGCCCCUGACCUCACAGACUGCCCCGUUCCCGUGCCGCCGGAGGUGACCCCGGCACCGCUCCCAGCCCCGCUCCCGAUCUCGAUCCCGGAGCCGCUCCCGGAGCCCCUGCCGCCAGUGGUGGAGAGCCCAGUGGACUGUCCUCCUCCUCCCUCCUCUCUCUCCUCUCCCUCUCCUACUCCUGUUCUUCCUCCACCCAUUGCCUUUUCCUCCUCCUCCUCCUCCUCCUCCACUCCUCUUCCUCCUUCUGAUCUUCCUCCCCCUCCAGCGGCUUCAGAUAUCGACCCAGAGCCCCAGCCCCAGCCCGAGAGCCAGGCGGAGACCUCGCUCCACGCGUCCAGUGAGAGCGUGGAGUCAGAGGACACGUACUUGUAGCCAGUCUGAAUAGCAGACAAAACAAGACAGACACAAGACACAUAGAACCUCACACACACACGCACCAGCACCACAUACACGGUCUUCACACAUACAGUACACUUAAAGAUGCAGGACAGAUACUUACACAUGCUAACACCUCUUUCUCUCUUUUCUCUCUCGCUCUCCCUCUGUCCUUCUCUUUUAUUGUCUCUCGUUCCAUCCCUGUCCCUCCCUCUUUUAUACAUUUUUCACUCAGUGAACAACUUUCUAUCUUCUCUUUCUUUGUAUUUCUCUUUCUUACAAACACAAGACAUGCAGUGCACUUAGACGUUUGGGCAGCAAAUGUGGUAGCUGUUAGGACCUGUGGGUUUGAGGGUUGUAAUAACCCGUCUCUUGGGUUAACCCCAUCUUUUGCGCUUCCUUUUCCUCUACUGAGUCUUCCUCUUCCUGAUUGUGUGGGCCAUUAGUGACAGCGUAGUCAUGUUGCCAUGGACACCACAGAAGGUUGUGCGGUGACUUUGCCCACUAAGGUCAAGGACGAAGUGUCUCACUGAGGUCAACUGCAAGUUACACACGUUGUUGUCGCUUCCUUAGCUACCGUUCCCUGGAGUUCUACAGAGAAGUUCCUCUCCAUGGCGACCAGACUGGACUGACUUCCUGUCAGAUACCCACUAACUGGUGUCUGUCUGUUACAGAAAGUGAAAGUUUACUUACAAUUAGAGAUGAUUGUGCGUGUGGGUGGUAAGUCCAACAUGGCCUCUGGGCCGGUGUGUUGAUAGACAAUGCUGCAAAGAGUAACUUUUAAAAGGGUUAUAAUAUAUUAGCUGGACAGAGAAUCUGAGCAGUACUUUUUUCUUCGACCAACGUUUGUCUGAUGUCUUAAAAACUAUUUUUCUAACAAACCAACAUUAUGUUUGGACACGUUUUGAGAGUGAAUGUGCACACUUUUGACACUAGAGGGCGCCUGUUACGCAGCUUAUUUCCCUCUUCGUGCCAGUGGACAUUUUGUACCACGUAAGCAGUGGAGCAAGAACAUUUGUAAGAUACUAAAGACUUGUGGUGGUCUUAAGAAGGCCUGUUUCUCAGUCACAAACUUUACCCCCCACCCCCUUUUGUCUUUUUAUUUAUAGCAAUACCUUAACUUGCCUCUAACUUGCUCGCAUGCUUUUUUGUGUGCAAUCUCUUUUUUUCUAUGGGAUAACAUUUUUGGCACAACAUGAAACUGUUUUUUGACACUAUUUGUGUACAUAGACUUUUACUGCUUUUUUGUUGUUGACAAAAACUAUGCAAAAGAAAUGUAGGCUAAGGCCAUGCUCACUAAUGUUACAUGGGCUUUGUAGACACGACCCUAAACUGUUACUUUCUCCAGGUUCUGUAGCUUUAUCUUCAGGUGUGUAGGGGCGGUGACAGGAGUACUGUGCUUCAAGGGAGUUUGCUGUAUGACACAGACUCUUGUUUUGGGAAGAAAAAAAAAGAAAAACACUUCAUAGUUUGUCCAUAUUGACCUUAAUCCUAAACAAACCCCCCUGUUCUCCUGCUUUGGGUAGAGUGUCAGCUCAACUUGAGCUGAUGCCUUUUUGUGAAAAUAAAAUAAUGAAGAGUUGACAAUUA